AUGUUCCAACAUGCUUCAAAUUUAGUCGCACACGUUCUAUGUGAUGAGAGAAUGCCCGUCGCAAAACGCGGUCUCGUCGCCCCACAGAACACCUUCCUAGAGAACGUCAUCAGACGGUGCAACAAUGCAGACACGUCAUUUAUCCUCGCCAACGCACAAGUGGUCGACUAUCCGAUUGUCUACUGUAAUGACGGUUUCUCGAAGCUCGUCGGGUACUCACGGGCGGAGAUCAUGCAGAAGCCUUGCUCAUUGGCAUUCCUGCACGGUGAGCACGGAGAGUCAUCGAAUUUCGUCCGGAUUCAAGAAGCCCUGGACAAUGGCCGAACGGACCAAGCCGAAAUCGGACUUUGUAAAAAGAACAAAACGCCUAUCUGGUUGUUAGUUCACUUGGCACCAAUUAAAAACGACAAAGACUCGGUGGUUCUCUAUUUGUGCCAAUUUAAAGACAUCACACCGCUUAAGCAACCGUUGGACGAUGAAAACAACAAAGGUAUGUGA